AUGGCGGCCCGGGGCUACGAGCUGCCCCGCGUCGACACGGAGUCGCUGGGCACGUUCUUCUGCAGCAGCGGCGACGAGGUGCUGAGCCCCGACGGCGUCCCCCUCGAGUGCCCCCUGGACUUUGAGGAGCCCCACCCGCCCCUGCACACGGUGCACGUGCCGAGCGACGACGACUGGGAGGCGCCGGACGACAAGGCGCCGGACAGCUUCAACAUCGUCACCAUCGAGGAGGACGAGAAGGUGCCCGACGAGGCGGACGCGCCGGAGUGGAGCGAGGACGGCGACGGCUCGAAGAGCGUCGGGUCCGUCGUGGGCCUCUGGCUGCCCCGGGAGGUCAUCUUGGCCGGGCUCUGCUGCUGGUGCCUGACGCUCGCGGCCACCGUCGCGCUCUGCGGCGUGCUCGCGGCGCGGCAGGGGUCCGCGAGUCGACGGACGAUCGCCUACGGCCUGGACGGCGUCGCGGCGGCGGGCGUCCUGGACGCCGCCGCGUCGCUGCGCGUGGACCUCGCCGGCUUCGACGACGGCGUGCUCGUGACGGCGUCGGGCUCCGGCUGCAGCGUGUCCUACGCCUUCGCGGACGGGGCCGUCGUCCUCGAGGGCGACGCGUCCGCGGGAGCCGCGCCGUGGCUCUGCCAGCCCUACGCCGAGGUCACGUACGUCCUCAACAACUUCUCCAUGUGUAGCGAGAUCUGCUUCGACGACGACGGCGACGACGACGCCGUGGGGGUGAGCCAGGCCGGGCCCAAGUUCCUCCGGUUCAUGUCGGAGGAGGCGCAGCUCGCCGCGGGCGUCGCCGUCGCCCUGAUCUGCGUCAGCUGGCUCGCGCUGCCGUUCAUCACGCGCAUGGACUGGGGCGACCACGCGUACUACGCCUACGCGCGGCGGCGCUUCUUCCUCUUCAACCUCUGCGCGCCGACGAGCAAGGGCGGCCAGGGCAUGAAGGUGCCCCUGGGCAUCGUCGACGGCUUGGGGCGCGACAACGUCGAGCACCUGAAACGUUUGGCGACGAACGCGGAUUCCUUGGCGCUCAACGGCUCCGUCUUCUCCGCGGUCACGGCCGUGUCCAAGACCGUGCGGUCGUCCGUCAAGAGCGCCUAUGGGGUCGGGAGCUCCGUGAAGACGAGCCUGGUCAAGGUCGUGCCGCUCUGGCGCGAGUCGAAGCGCGUCGUCACUGUCGCCGAGAAGGGCGCCGCGCGGGCCCGCGAGGGCCGCGACGUCGUCUUCGCCGCGAAGCGCUUUUAUAUUUCUGAGACCGACGAGGACGACUUCGUCGUGCUCGUGCGCCGCGACGCGGGCGACGAGUGCGUCGUCUCCGUGAGCACGCAGGACAACCUCCUCGGCGCGCGGGGCCGGAUCCACUUCGAGCCCCUCGUCGCCGCGCCCGUGAAAUUCGAAAAGGGCAAGCACACGGCCGCCGUCAAGCUGACGACGAUCCACCAGAAGAACUGGGAGUCCAUCCUCUCCUUCUACGUCAAGAUCGACGACGCCGAGGGCCGCGUCGACGGCCGCGACGGCACCGUCGCCGAGGUCCGCAUCGUCAACGACGACACGUUCCCGCGGAACUUGGACGCGUCCAAGACGGGGAAGCGGCUCUGGCUCGACGCGGACCGCCACUGGAUUUUGCGCGUUAUCGUCUUCUGCCAGGUCAUCUACGACGACCUCAAGAUCAACAUCCCGCUCUACUUCCGCGACAACUUUUUGAUUUACUACUGCGGCCACUUCGUCUUCGGCGCCGUCUACGGGUCCAUGUACCUGCCCUGGAUCUUCCAGCGCAUCCUGUUCAAGUCCAUCCCGGAGAAGAACCACGCGGAGGCCUUUUUGCUCGCGGCGAUGGGCGUCAUGGGCGAGUGCCUCAAGCAGCGCGGCUACUACGCGUUCACGGGCUCCUGGGCUCUGGGCCGCUUCCACAACCUGCGCCUGAGCCGCCACUUCCUCAGCCUGAGCUACCUGCAGAUGCACGACCAGGACGUCGGCCUGCGGUUUCGGAAGAUCUUCACGAACAUGGAGUCGUGCGUGAAAAACACGUGGGCGGCGAUGAUCCGCGUCAUGGGGUCCCUCAUCAAGACCUUUGUGAUUCUUAUUUCUGCGGUCUACCUCCUGCCGGCGGAGUCGCUCUGGCUCUUCGCCCUGAUCUGCGCCGUCCUCGUCGUCAACAAUCUCAUGGUCGCGGUCGUCGAGGAGGGGAGGGGGUGGCCCGACCCGUCGUGCUUCCUCGACAUGGAGGAGCGGGAGACGCUCAUCACCAAGGCCAUCGAGGAGAUGCUCGAGUACCGCGUCGUGACCAAGUCCCUCGACUUGGCGAACCGGCGCGUCGCGAACGUCAACGGCGCGUACGGCAAGUGGCUCAACCGCCGCAACGCCGCGUGGUACUACAUCGACCACAACUACUGGAGCCGCUACUGGUCCUGGGUCCUGCCGGUCUGGGUCUUCGUCGGCGCGUCGCCCUGGCUCGUGCACAACUCGUCGGUCAAGGUCGCGGACCUCACGUUCAUGCUCUACCUCACGUGGCUUCUGGGGUCGAUCAUGACGGGGCUGGGCGACGCGGCGGAGCGGCUGCGCUACGGCGUCGCCCAGCUCGACUACAUCUCCCACACGAUCAACGCCGGCGUCUGCGACGCGGAGGCGCAGACGAAGCUGCUCGCCGCGUCCAAGCGCGGCGUCGCGCGGCUCGUCGACGGCUUGGACGGCGCCGCGCCGGCGCCUCUGGACGACGUGCUCGGGCGGCUCGUGCUGGACCGCGUGUCCACGGGCGGCGACGCGGGCUUCAAGGACAUGAGCCUGGAGAUCCCGCUCGGCGGCCUGGUCUACGGCCUCGCGGCGGACGACGCGAGCGCCUUCGCGCUCCAGCGCGCGGCCUGGGUUUUGGGCGGCGCGGUGCUGCCCGAGGCCGGCGACGUCUUCUUCCCGCCCGAGCUUUCCGUGAUGCUCGUCUCCCAGAGCGCGGAGCUCGUCAAGGGCACGGUCAUGGACAACCUGCGGCUCGGCUGCGGCGAGGCGGCGACGUCCGGCCUCGACGACGACGCGAUCUGGACGAUCUGCGAGACCCUGGGCAUGCGGAAGACCCUCCUCCGCGACGACAGCACCCUCGUCCUCAAGGACGGCGCGAACGUCUCCAGCGAGGACCGCGCCGUCGUCCACGUCGUCCAACACCUCCUCUGCGACCCGGACCUCCUCGUGGUCUACACGCGCUUCUGUACGGCGAAGCUCCUCGACGGCCUGACGGCCUACGUCACGGGCGCGCUGCUCCCCUUCACGACGAAGCGCCUCCGGGCCCCGGGCGCGAACUCGCGCACGGUCCUCAUCAACGUGCCGCCGUCCCUCGCCGGCUUCGUCGACCGGACGAUCCACUUCCCCGCGCCGGGCGGCGCGCCGACGGCGCCGACCUUCUCCGACACGCGGUCCGCCACCGUCGUCGUCUAG